UGGAGCCUGCAUCAAUAUCACCGAUGCCUUUGAGUGCGUCUUCGCCAGUACUGAUCCACCGCUAAAAUGUUCCGGAAGACGCGGAAAGAUUACAUGCAUAGAAAUUUCCGGUCUAUUCACCUGCAAUCGCGGAACCUGCAGGAAAAUACGCACACCCUACAACUGCGAUCGACGCUGUGUGGACAUCCCAACGCGCAACAAAAACAUAGUCCUCCUAUCCGGUGACAAGGUCUACCUAUCCCAAUGUCAGAGCGCCAUAGACAAAGCCACGCAAACGGAAGUGUGGAACGAAGAAGAAGACAACGUCAUGAUGGCUUCCUGCUACAACAUCCAGAACACAUCAGUUGGUGUCGAAGCCGUUGACUGUAUCAAUGGAUCAACUUUGGACAAAAAUGUCCUGACAGACCUAACCAACUUCACCUACUUAAGCUACCUCCAUGUAGCUGUAGCCAAGCCCCAAAAGCUCAUAGCUCCACUGGAGCAAGAACUCACAAUCUGGAAUGAAUCGAGGCUCAUGAUAAACCUAGAAGGAUGUGUCAAUACCCUUCAGGAUGAGUGCAAGGAUUUCCUCAAAGACUACGGCAAAGAUGGGACUGAUCACAAUGCAAGGGCACGUUUUCCCUGCUUCUUCUCGGACAGCAAUAAGGAAGUCGCAGUCGCACGUUUCAAUCUCGAAGUCACCUAUCGUCAGUUCCUUAUAGCUUCAAUCCUGCCAUCAGUUCUCUUUGUCGUCAGCUGCCUCACCCUUAUUCUCUGCCAGAGGAGCGUAGUCGUUGGUGAUGACGCUAAGAUGCGCUUUAAAGGAUGCGUCAGUGCGGAUACCAUACUACCGCCUGGUAGCAAAAACAACUCACAGCACAAUUUGGGUGAUGGCGGUGGCGGAGGAACGGAUUCUGUUAUGGCUCUCUGAGAUCCGUCACGCAUUCCUCUAUUGCAAGAAGACCGAGACAGUCCAACACAUCAUCUAUCUGAUGACGUUUUCGCUUUAGACAAUUAAAUUGCCUCACUUUUUAAAAUCACACGGAGCAACAAAACAAAAAUUUCACUCACAAUCACAAAUUUUUAAAGAAAAUUCUUAGCAAGAAAAAGAAAAUACGGAAAGCUGUACAUAAAUAAUGCAAGUGUCUCACUAAAACCCAUUUUCUUCUACUAAAAUACUACACAAAAGAAGUAAAUUUUGAGCGGUCGCACUCUUUGCUAAAUUUUUAUUCUAAUUUCCAAUGAAAAAUAGUUGAAAUUACCUUUCAAAUACCGUAAGGAACAUUUUUUAGACAACUAGUUUAAACAAAUAUAUUUCUCAAUAGAAACAAUAUUGUGAUAAUUGCUCGUGAAAUUAUAUAUGCAAAAUAGUAUUUCUAUAUAAGGAAGAUAUUUCAAUUUAAUUUCACUUUUACUUAUUCUAAGAGGAAUUUUAUCGAGAAAAUAAUUCGUCAAUCUUUUGAAUUACUGCAAUUGGUAGAACAGCAAGAGGGACCCCAGGCAGAGACACUGAAAAUUUUGAAAAAAAAAUUCACACCAAUAACAAAUCCAAAAUAGAUACACCGUAAAAGAAAAAUUAAAGUGCUAAAAAGGAUUCCAGAGGUACAUAUAGAAAAGAAAACGAUCAGAGAUUUAUUUUAUUUGGGCCAAGUCAGGAGGAAUGCGUGAAGAAAGUAAAAGAAAAAUUUUUAAAAAUUACCAAAAGAUACACAUAUUGAACAAAAUUAUUCUAUAACAAAAUUCUUAAGGAAAAAAAAUCGUUAGGUUAAAUAAAUUUAGAGAGAGAAAAAAAAUUCGACCGUAGAUGCUAUAUUAAGGACAUUCUGAAGAAAUAUUCACUCGAUUUCUUUGUCUUAUGUACAUAAAUAGAAUGAGAAAUAUUGAUAAAUAUUGUAAAGUAUUGAGAAUUGUCGUGGGAAAAUUGCCAGGAAAAUUGACCAGAUAAUCGAUAUUGCGAGCGACACAAAUAGUUAAUACACAAUAGGGGACAAAACACUUAACAAAAAAAAAUAAAUCAAAGUAAGAGGCACAGAGGACACCAAAAGGACUAUAUAUGAGAGCUCAUUUGUGAAGAUUUCCCAAAAAACAAAAAAUGAGUACCCAUCAGUCAACGCACUCUUCACUACCAUCAAUUGGUCCUUCGGGUUCACCUACAUCACCUACGGCCUCCGAGAGGGGCUUCUCGGGCACGGCCAGCCUGCAAAAUAGCAAAUUGAGCAUUAACUCCAAGCCUCAGUCACCUCAACCGGGCGACGGAGUUGAGGAACCGACUUUCCUGGAAAAAGCGAAAUUUUAUACAUCACUAUGUUUAGGAACUACAGCAAUUUUAUCAGUGUUUGCCUUCCUCUUUUUGAUACCAUUCGUCGUGGAUCCGGCAAUUUCAACAAUUGUUGCUGAUUAUGAUCCCAUUCCCGUAACCUGUAUCGUGGUAGAUCAUUCGUAUGCAGAGGGACUGAGAAAUUGCACGUGGAGCUCAUGUCGAGAGGGUUGUACAACAGCCCCACUAAAAUGUCAUCAAUUGCUGGUGAAUUAUACAAAAAUUCCAUGGCAUGAGUGGCAGAAGGAGCCGAGGGAUAUCACGGAAGUGACAUGGGAUGUGGGUGACACGAGAUUCCUUGUAAAUUCCGAGGGAUGCGGAUAUCCACCGCGCGUCAACUGCUCAGAAUUUGCCAAACAAUUUGGUUUCUCUCACAUGGGUGAACCAUUUCCGUGUUUCUACAGUCGAGCAUAUCCGGAAAUUGUCAUUUCACGCUAUUCAUGGGAGGACAACCUCAAACAUCUAAUUCUCUCCCUGAUUAUCCCCAAUGUCCUAUUUGCUAUUUCCAUUGGCGUUCUCAGCUAUUGGUAUUGUCCGUGCUGUGAUAAGGCAUGUCACAAGACAACUAGAAUCUAUGCGGAAAAAUUCCCGACCAAAGAAGACAAACUGUUAUGUCGCAGUGAUGAUGAGGAUGAUGAAUUGGAUUACUAAUAAAUUGACUCAAAAAAAAAAAUAAGCGCAAAACUCUAAAGCUUUUCAUCGAUUUUCUCACUCCACCAAUUGAGUUUCAUUGAAUUUUUUCGAAUUUAAUUCACCUAAACAUAAAAGAAUAGUAAAUAGUGACAAAAUGAUGGAUUUCUAUAGAUGCAAGAUUAUACCGCCAAAAAAAAUUUUAUUAACACCAUUCUUCAGUGAACUUUAUUCAAUAUUCAUCCACUAAUUUUUCGAGUCAUUUCAUUCUCUCAAAUUUAUUGUUUUACAAAUUCACGUAAUUUAAUGCAACUGUUGUUGAAUGUUUUAAUAACAAAAAAAGAGAUGUUAUUGAAAUUAAAUUAUUUAGUACAAAAUAUAAAGCAAGAUAUGCACAAAUUUUUAUCAUCUUAAUUUGAAUGAUAAUAAUUUUUAUCAUGCGCCAAAUCAAUCAUGUAAGAGAUUCAGUAAGAAAUUUGCUAAGUUCACAACUCUGAUCCUAGAACGGUUCAUUUGCAAUGAAGUGUAUGUUUUUUUCUUUUUAUUUUUUUCUUUCUUGUAGUUACUAAUUUUUCGAUAAAGUGGAGACUUUCGCUCGUGGAUUUCAUUAAAAGAAAAUAAUCAAUAUUUUCCAAAAACAAAAAGUUGUGAAAAUCUUAUCAAUGUCUCAUACACCAGUCUAUUUUCUUUUUGUCAGUUUUUCUCUGUUGUACAUAAUAACACUUAUCUCCAGCAAUAACAUUUGUAGAAUACAUUUUUUCGCAAAAUCAAAAAAAAAAUGGGAAGCAAUGAAUAACUUUUGUAGAAAUAUUGCUGAAAAUAUCAUAAAAUCACAACACAAAUUCUUAUAAAAAAGUCUUUUCUUUGCAAAAUUGUCUUUGUGUUUUUGUCUUUUGUGUUGUUUGUGUUUUUUCUCUAAAAAAAUGAUUGAUAAAUUUUCGGUUUUUCUUUUUUUUACCAACAUCUUACAACAACAACACACAGGUUUACAGUGGCUUUUUGAGAACAUCUUCCCAAAAAUGAUUUAACUAAGAAAAAAAUUCCAAAAAUAAAAUAGAAUGAUUAAAGGAAAAUCUCGCAUUUAUACUUCGAGCAUAGGACAUUAAUGAGAAAAAGCUAUUUUCCAAAGAAAUGCAAGAAGAAACAAUCAAUUUUUGAGCACUAUUAAAAUUUCUCCUUGAAAAUACCUUUUAAAAAAAUAUAAUGGCAUAAUGGCUUAGAACAUUGAUGAUCAGUAUUUUAUUCAAUUUGGUCAGUAAAUUAAAAAUUUUUAGCAGUUAAUCUUCGUUGAAAGAAAUUUCAAAUGAAAUUAAAGUUGAUCUUAUAUUUUCUAGACUUUUUUCAAAGAAAUAGCUUAGAAAUAAAAUAUCUUGGAAAAUGAUCGGUAGAUUUUCAAGUCUAAAUAUGUUUUGGAAAGGUCUUAAGUAAGUCCAUGUCACACUUAGUAAUGAGGAUUUUUUUAAAUUGUUUUCAAAAA